AUUAAUGAGUUGUUAAAAUAUCAUUGAUGGGAGAGAAAACAUCACGUUUUCCAUCUAAGAUGACUGCUAUUUCUAUGACAAAACAAAAUUUAAACAGUAACGACAUUAUUCCAGCCAAUAUAUAAACAGAAGAAUCCCACAAAUUCAAAAGUUAGACGACCAACAAAAGCAAUCGUUAUCUUAAUCCAGAUAAAAAAAAACCCACCACAAAUCCCACAUCAACAGCUACGGUCAACACUCGAUAAUCUUUUCUCUGCGGCGGGACUAUGGACAUCAGUACCGGAGAAGAAGCCGAUUCGCCAAAAUGGGGAGAACUCCUCGGAAGCAACAACUGGGCGAAUCUUCUUGUCCCACUCAAUCUCUCCCUACGACAACUCAUCCUCCGCUGCGGCGACUUCUGCCAAGCCACUUACGACGCCUUCAACAACGACACAAACUCCAAGUACUGCGGCUCCAGCCGCUACGGCAAGGAAUCCUUCUUUAGCAAAGUCAUGCUCGAAAACGACACCAACUACAACGUCGUUUCAUUCCUCUACGCCACCGCCCGCGUCAGCCUCCCCGAGGCCUUCAUGCUUCACUCCAUGUCCCGCGAGUCCUGGGACCGUGAGUCUAACUGGAUCGGCUACAUCGCCGUCACCUCCGACGACGUCAGCAAAGCCCUAGGACGCCGCGAAGUCUACGUAGCGUGGCGGGGAACCACUCGGAACUACGAGUGGGUCAACGUCUUAGGAGCCGAGUUCGAGUCCGCCGAGUCGCUGCUCAAUCCGAAUACAAAACACGAACUCGGACGACGCGACGACAACGACACCAGCAGCGGUAGCGACAGCGAGAAGGAUAAAAGUCUCCCGAAAGUGAUGAGGGGUUGGCUAACCAUCUACGUCUCGGAUGACCCGAAAUCCCCGUUCGUUAAGUCAAGCGCUAGAGUUCAACUACUCACGAAACUCAAAGAGCUGAGAGAGAAAUACAAAGAAGAGAAACUAAGCAUAGUCAUGACUGGUCACAGCCUCGGGGCGAGUUUAUCCGUUGUGAGCGCUUUUGAUUUGGCCGAGAACGGGUUUUCGGACAUUCCAGUUUCGGCGUUCGUGUUCGGGUCUCCACAGAUAGGGAACAAGGCCUUCAAGCAGAGGAUGGAACGGUACCCAAACCUUAAGAUUCUACACAUAAGGAACAAGAUCGAUCUGAUACCGCAUUAUCCAGGGAGGCUGUUGGGGUACGUGGGGGUGGGGACAGAGCUGGUGAUCGACACGCGCAAGUCUCCGAGCUUGAAGGAGUCGAAGAACCCGAGCGACUGGCAUAACUUACAGGCGAGUUUGCACGUGGUGGCAGGGUGGAAUGGGGAGGAGGGAGGGUUUGAGGAGAAGGUAAAGAGGAGCUUGGCUCUGGUCAACAAGUCUUCGGCGUGUCUCAAGGAGGAGUGUUUGGUGCCUGAGUCAUGGUGGGUCGAGAAGAAUAAAGGAAUGGUGCUUGAUCAAAGUAGUGGGGACUGGGUUUUGGCUCCACCAUUGGAUGAGGACCUACCUGUCCCUGAACUAUGACUAUUGUAUACAAAUUAUUUUUGUACUAUUAUUCCAUAUCUUUAUGGAUGAUGCAUUAUUGUGUAUCCUACUAUAUGGUGUUAGUGGUAUAAGUUGAUAACUACUCCCUCUAAUGGCUUCUAUGUAUUUAAUUAAAAAAAAAAAAACAGUAUUACGUGACAUUUGUA